ACUUAUUGAUGUGGCAGCACUCCCUGCUUUUGUUGUCGCCAAAAGAAAAAUGGCCGAUUCAUCUAAUGUCAAAACUUGUAGGGCGAGAUAUUAUAUUGAAAACGUGUUAAAAUACGACAAAAACGCUACGAAAGUGCUUGUGCAGUGCUGGUGACGUGUUUUGAUGGUUGUAAAAUUAGUGACAUUUGGUAAAUGUAGCAAUUUUUUCAUGGUGAACAACGAUUUCUUGAAAGUCUAGCAAGGAUAAAUCAAUGCACAAUGUGAAGGCGGCGCCAUGUGGGGCGGGGCGGGGGGCUGGUGGUGCGGCGCGCUGGCGGCCGGCGCUCUCCUGCUGCUGGUCCUCGCGCAGCGCUGCCGCCGCCGCAAGCGACCGCGCACGUCGAUAGCAACGCACACGGUACACAUAGUACGUGACGCGUUCCCCGCUCGACUCCCGCAGCCCCCACGCGUGACUCAUCCCUCCCUCCCUUUCCCGGUGACUCCGAUACCCCCACGCAGGAUUCUUGCUACAUUGGCUGGUGCGCCAGCUGACGAUCCCCAACAUCCCCCGCCACAAAUUGUGAUAGUUCAAAAUUCCACUCAAAAUACGAUAGCGCAGGGUCAAAACCCAGAACCUUCGAGUUCAACAGCCCAACCGGAGUUUAAGGGGAUACCGAAACUGCCUCUUCCCGAGCAGUGGAUACACAAACGCCCCCUGGAUUGUAAAUAUACGGCGACUAUACCCCGACCGUUGGCUCAAAUCGUGAACGCGGAUUUAGGCAGUGAUUUGAACCAAGAGACGAGAGCUAAGAAAUUCAGUGCUACUAGAUCACCAUCUUUGGAGAAAGACGAGAAGUCUCCCUUCGUCAGUAGUGCGAAAGCGGACCGUGUUUUCGGGUUUGAUAUGGACAUUGUCAACAAACUUAAGGAAGAAGAGAUGAGCGAACGAAGAAUGUCGAAAGAAGGUGAGGGGAGUCAAGAUGCAUCGCCUAGUAACUUGCGGAGAUUUAGGUCAGUCAGUACAAGAUUGAAUAUGUGUAGUGUAAGCGAUGGCGUGGAAGUGAGAGAACAACAAGAAAGACUGGAGAUGCAGAAUUCCCCAAGAGUUAUUGAAUGCAGUUCGGCAAAGGAAAAGUCAGCGGCACCGAAAUUCGAUUUCUCACCCAAAAUGCUAGCAGAUACAAUAACCUCUCCGAGGUUUUUCACUCCGCCAGAAACUGUUUCUCCUAUGUUUUUUGCAGAACCAUCUCCAAAAUCUGUUUAUUAUGAUUCAGUAAGGUCGCCAAAGUUUUUUCCUGAUACUCCUAGGGAUAUCGACGUUCCACACUCUCCAAGGACUUUGGGAGACCACCUCAACAGAAAUGGUAUAGAAAAACCAAGUUCACCAAAGAUUUUGAGCGCCAGGCCGAGCCCCAAAGUUCAUAGUUAUAACAAAGAAAAUUAUUUUACCUUCGAUCCAUCUUGUCCCUUUAAGGAAGACGCCAAGAUGUCGCCAAAACCUAGGAAAUAUGGAGGGAGGAAUUCCAUAGAAAAAGAAAGGUUCACACCACCUGCUGAUAAAGAUAUAAGAAAGUACAGAAGGCAUAACAGUUGUGAUACAAAUUAUAAAACUGUUGAAGUUCAUGUUAAUGAUAAUAAGGAUACGAAAAUAGACAAUGACGUAGUCGAUUGUUGUGCUAAAAUGGAAUCUUUGAAAAUUGAUUCCAAAAUUGAGGAAAAGCCUAAUGAGCUGACGCCUAGUCCAUCGAACACUGCUCAAGCUAGACGGCAAAGAUUAAAAUCAAUUUCAUUAGACUCCGACAAUGCGAAAAUUAUUGAGCAGAAUUUGGGUUUGCCAAUAGCAAAACAAAUGAAAGAUCAAAUGAAUGAGGCGUACAAAAACCAAGAAGUAAGCGCAUCUUGCGAAAGUAUGGAACGUUAUCCAAAAACUCCAAGUAAAGAGCGUCCGAUGUUCAAGUUCGAAGAUAAUAAAGAACGGGAACCGGAAGAAGCCAAGUCACCUGUCAAACAGAAAAAAUGUCUUCGUCAAAGUUCAGAUACGCAAUCAUUCCUAGAUAUGCCCAGAUUCUCGCCCAAAGAGUUUGAAAUAACGGUUACUUCCGAAGAAGGAGCAACGACUUCCGCCGAUUUUCAAACGAAGCCGAAGACAAAGAAUUUACGAAAUCUAACCAUCGAUCUGACGAAACGAGACAGUGAGUUGGAAAAGGAAUUGUUAGAAUUCGAGAAAUUGUACACUGAUGCGGAGGAAAAGAAGGUGAAAACACCAACCUUAAAAGUCAAAGCGACGUCCCUAGAUUCGUCAGAGACAGUAAACCUCUCUCUGCCACAGAAAAAGACUCUGGAAGUGCCUCAAAACUCUAUAUCCGUUCCAAACACACCGAAACGACAACUCAAACGAAUACUGGCUCAAAAAUCACUAAAACACGACCCUUGCGGUGCUAAAUUGGGUUACAAUUCCAUACAAUCAAAUGCAGAGCAGCGUAGAUUCUUCAUGAAAGUUCAAGACAGCGGCAUAUAUUUGAGGGAAAAUCAUGCCAGCCUGAUGCUUUACCAACCGGGGACUUCCCGAAUGGGGUCGCGAACCAUGGGCUCAUUCGAUGAAAAUAUGACAGAUUUCACCGAGAACCCACCAGAGAUAAACAUAUCUGGAUCGGACAAUAGAUAUCAUUUAGACUCUGGUCAGACAUUAGGUUCAAAUCUGCUUAAUUAUAAGCAGAACUUGAGCGUGUCUAGUACCAACUUAAAAACCCUGCCCGAAGGCGUGCCGUCAGACGAUUUUGAACCUAGCGUGGAAGACGAGAAAGUUAUAAAGAAAUUGCACAGAAGGAAUUCAAAUCAAAGCUUAAUGCUAAGUACCCACAGUCUGCAAGGCUCAAAUUGUUCCCUAAAUAGUUCAGGAGCAUCUUGUCACAAUCUAGCAACUGUAAGAACUAGCUUAUCGAACUUCAGCUUGAACUCCGACCGUCAGAAGAAGCUGUCUUUAGAACGUAGAGAUUCAAAUGCAUCUUUGAUCAAUACAGAUCAUUUGACUCCUACUACCAGAGUUAUAUGUUCAUCGAACACUAAUUUGUCCGGAGAAGUUUCCAAAAACUGCCUACUCCAACGUCGUGGCUCGAAUAACAGUUUAACAUUAAAUAUUUACUCAUCCAACAACCUAAGCAGGCAUUCUAGUAAUAGUUCGCUAAAUAAAGAUGCGAAGCCAGGACAGAAGAAAGGUCUCCUUGAACGAAGAAGCUCAAAUACCUCGUUAACCCUAAAUAUCAAUACUUCCAACCCUCAAUUAUCAGUUAAUAGAGGUCUUAGCGUCUCGAACUAUAACCUAAAUGGUUCUACAUGUAAUUUAAGUAGGUAUAACAGUAAUCAUAGUAUAGACAACCCAACUACAGAACCCAGAAAAGGUAUUUUAGAAAGACGUAGUUCUAACACGUCUCUUACCCUAAAUAUACAAGCUCAAGAGCCAAGGGAUUUGGAAAUAGAUGAAACGCUUCUAGAACCAAAUUUAAAAGAUUUACCUCAUCGGGAUAAGCAUCGGAAGUCGCUUAGCACUGAAAAUUUGAUACCUAAAUCUUACAAACAUAGGACAAGGCGCUCUACUGAGAAAGGUGUGGGUUUCGGGUCUCAUGACAACUUAUGGUCCACGUGUUACACCGAGGCAGAUUAUCCACAAAAUCUGACCUAUGUGUGUGGCGAUCAAGACAAUGAAAUCAUUUACGCUUUUGGACGGCAAGAUGACCCCAAUUUCCAGCAAGGUUUUGUCCGGAACAUCACCACCAAACCUUUAAGUCCUCAAAGUACUUCAGAGGAUUUCCGGCUUUAUUUAGCUAACAUGCAGCACCUGCAAAAUGCUUCAAGCGUUCUGUCUAGAAAACAAUUACGGGACCUCAAUGAGGUAUUUCAAAAUGGUUACUCCAAAGUUAAAUGUCACAAUACAAUAGAAGGUCAGCAUUGCUGCUCAGGUAGGGUCGAGGACAUGUCCAAAGAGAACCCACAAAUGGUGAUUCCGGAACCAGUUAUAUCCCAACCCUGUUCAGAGUAUCAGAAGAUGUUACUACGCAACCUACAUCAGGAAUUUUGGGAUAUGCCUACGAACUUCCAGGAGAAGCCUAUUGUAUCCGGAUCCCACCCGAAAAAUAGAUACAAGACGAUAUUGCCUAAUGAGCACUCCAGAUUCAUCUUGAGGAAUGAAGCGGGGGCCAGUGAGGGAUACAUCAAUGCCAAUUUCAUAAAGGGCCAUGAAUACACGAAAAACACAUAUAUAGCCACCCAGGGACCUCUGCAGAACACCACCUACGAUUUCUGGCUAAUGGUCCACCAAAACACGUUGGACUAUAAGUCGCGGCGACCCCCUGAUCCGAGUCCCGUGCCACCCAACUACGGAGUCCAGAAAGUUGUAAUGCUCACAAACUUUAUCGAAAACAAUCGACAGAAGUGCGAGAAGUACUUCCCACUCGAAAUUAACGAAGAAGUUGAAGUGAGGAAUCCGGAAUCCGAAGAAGAUAACAAAUUUGUGAUAAAAAAUUGUGGAAUGAUCAAAAAAUAUGGAUACACGAUACGAAAAUUAGACGUGAAAUUUAUUAAAAGUGUUAGUUAUAUGUGUGCGAGUGAUACCGGUCAGACAAAUGGUGAUACUGUUGAGUGCGCUAGGGGACCUAGUCUCACUCGCGAUGCCUCUAUAGACAUUGACCAUUUACCUGACGGAGGCGAGACGAGAACUGACGAUUCAUAUGACCAAAGUGCUAGUGUUAGUCAAAGUGUUUUAAGUAGUUGUGAGUCGAGUGACGUCACAGUGUACCAUUACUGGUUCCACAACUGGGCCGAUCAUAAGUGUCCAAAAGACGUCAAUGCCCUCCUAACGCUAAGUUUGGACGUUCUUAAAAAUAAUGCGUACGAUUUUCAAAAGGCUACAGACGCGUGCGACACUUUGUGCAAAUGCGAAAGCCCAAAAAGCGAGUCGAAGUUCCUGUUUCCUCCGCUAGAGGGCGUUGUACCAUGCGAUGUUAAGUAUGAAGUAUCAACCCCUCUAGACCUUUCUGUAGAAACUCUUUCUCCACCUACAAUCGUCCAUUGCUCGGCUGGUAUUGGUCGAACAGGUUGCUUGAUUGCCAUCUUAAAUGGAAUCAAGCAGCUUACCAAUGAACAAAAAGUGGACGUUUUAGGCAUAGUAUGUAAUAUGCGGCUGAAUAGAGGAGGUAUGGUGCAAAAUUCCGAACAAUACGAGUUGAUACAUAAAGUUUUAUGUCUGUAUGAACAAGCUUGCUUGCCAGAGUUAUAGCUGUGUGAGCUGGGCUUCAUUUUUUUGGAUAUUAUCCCUAGUUGAGUGUCCAUAAGUUAUGUCACGGCGAAUGCAUUUUGUCCGGUAUAUGCCAGUAUUUUGACUUGAAAAAUUGUCAGCAAAUAUAAAACUAAACAUAUUUAAUAUUAUAAACAUUUUAUAUGAGUUAGGAACGCAAAAUUUUUCUAUAGAAAAAAUGUGUUUUUAAUUACACUUUUGUGAUUGUAACUUUUGUAAUAUUGAAUCGAGAGCUGGCAUUGUGACGUCAUAAUAUAUGGAAUUCAAAAAUUCUAUAAUUAAUAAUAUUGAUUUUUUUUUAUUCCAAAAUACCAUUUAUAUGUUCAAUUUUAAUAAGAGUGUAUUUAAUAUUGCUAAGGAUUUAACAAUAUAAAUUGAACUAGGAAGUUGACGUCACAAAGGAAUCACUCAAUUAUAAUAUAAAUGGCAAGCAAUUCUGCACAAGUCAAGAAUGACGUAUCUUAUGGAUGACUCAGUAGUCUGUAUUAUAUCAGUGAAGUUGAUAUUUAUCCGUAAAUGAGUUUUCUAUUAUUCUCGCCUAAGUGCCUGAACUUUUUGUGUAAAAUAAAUAUUUACUUGCAUCCCUCUAUCCGCCAUUUUCAAUAAUCGAUCCUAAUAGCUUUUUUCAAUCUAUCUAAAAUUUACCAAUCAAAACAAAAUUUUGCUUGACAUGCUCACUAAUAAGUUAUUUUGAUUGAUUCAUUCUUGGUAUAGGAUUAAAGAUUGAGAUUGGGAUAGUUUAAUGAAAACGGCUGUAAAUCGACUGAUUUCAAUAAACGACCCCAUCGAAAACAUUAGGAUCGAUCGCGAAAAUUGACCAGUCAGAAUAAAGUUUGGCGUUUUUUCAAAUUACUAAUUUCAAUAGAUUUUAUCUAAGGAUGAUUUAUUGAUUUGGCACGAUUGCUAUCGGCCUUUUUCAAUAAUUUAUCCCAAUCUUAAUCUUCGACUCGAUCCCGAUUAUAAACCAAUAAUUGAUAUGUUAUAAGCAUGUUUAAAAACUUGGUUUAGAUUGAUUCAUUUCCGGAAUGGAUCGAAAAAAGCGAUUGAAAUUGUUUAUUGAAAACGGUGCUAUGUCGAUGCAUAUGUGGUUCAUCACCUGAAGAAAUGAACAAACUAGUUUUUCUGGUUUUUAAAUUAUUGUGGAGUUAUCUUCAGGUAUAUGUUUGGAAAAGCGUUUGCAUAAAGAACGAGCUUCACUGAUAUAAAAUACUUUUUCAUAAACGCUUAGCGGCAUUUUUGCUAUGUGUGUUUUUGUGGUUGGUGUAUAUAAAAAUAUAGACAAAACAUACAAUAGAUCAAUACUUUUAACAUUUAUGAAUAAAAAGGCAGGUUUGUGUAGUCGUUAUUUAUAUUAUUUUGUGUACUCAGGCCUGUUUUACUCUAUUUUUUCUUAAUUGAAGAGGAUCUUGGCGAGCACCCUGAGUGGCGCGGUGACGCAAGGCCAAAAUAAUAUAACAACAUAGUACUGUUUCUAGCAUGUCGUUAGGGAUCUCCUAAAUAAGGCGUCUGAAUAGAGCAUGAGUAAGUAUAAAAACGAGGGAUAAUAUACAAAAAAAAAAAUGUAGUAAAACAAAGUGUUGAUUUUUUUGGAGUUAAAAACGGUCUUAGAUCAGAUAGUGUAUGUUUCACAAUGUUUUGUUAAUAGUUUUAACUUGUGUUCCACUAUAUUAUAUUUUAUUUAUUUAUUGUACAUUUUUAAUUUUAAAUAAAAAAAGCAAGAACGAAAACAUUAAUCUUUGACACUUUCGUAAAAAUGCUAUCUGUUAGAGCAUAUUGUAAUGUCAGUUUCAUUACAUUGUUCAUAGAUGUCGCUGUAUUAAAAAUCCUCUAAACUUUGGAAAUAGAAUAUUAUGACCUAUCA